AUGGAGCCCCCACAUGGAGGACUUGUCCUCUCCAAGCCCGUCAACAGCACCAACUACAGGAGGGAGUACCAUGUGUUGAAGAGAGUUGCCGAAGGGCCCCGAGCUGUUGAGUACCCGAAUAUUGCUAAGCUUUUUCUUGGAACCAAUGCAGAACAAAAGCAGGUCCUCAAGGCUUUCCUCCUCAAUGGAGGAAACCUUGAUGCUGUUGAAGCGCAUGUGACUGCUGAGACCACCCACCUACAUGAGGUCGAAGGUGUCCGUGAGCUUCUCACAAUCGAUGGCAUGCGAAAGGCUGGGUGUUCUGAGGCCAAGAUAAAGGCUUGCGUUGCGAAGGGAGGUGUGCCGGAUGAAGAUUGUCCAACGGACAUGGAGUCCAUGAAAUUUUGGUGCACUGUCACCAAAAAGGCGACCACAAAGGAUGCUUUCAAGGUCACUGCGGCUGCCAAAACGGCCCUGAAGCCAGCUUCCGCUGCAGCUGCCUUGGGAGCUGGUUUGCAGGAUGGUCCUUCGCUGCUGCCAGUUGGUGAUGCCCAAGCGCUGCUGGCUUCUGUCACGACUCCUGCUGCUGGGGCCUCUACGCCGACUACGGCUCCUGCGACGCCUGGACAAGGCCGUGCGAAGGCGAAAUGCAAGGCUGCGAACAAGGGACCCAAGGUCAAGGGACCCCUUGGUUUGGAUUUGGCCAACAAAACCCUGGAGCAGAAGGUUGGUACAGAGCUCAAAAAGGAGUUGAAUGCGAUCAAUGGGUUGGUGCUUGACUGUGAGGGCGAGCCCCGGGUGAACCACCAUGCGGCAGAGCUUCGAAAGCUUGCUGAACCUGUGAAGGAGCUGCAUGGAAGGCUGGGUAUAUGUCUACAACUGCCACCCUUGCUCUAUGUCCCUUUCUUCUGGUAG